AAUGAUAAAGGCCCAUCUUUAUGCAUUUGUUAGAACAGUGCAGUGAUUAGUAGCUUUUUAUUAUUCUUUCAUGGGAUAUGGAAGAUAUAUUUCCAAAACAUGAUGGUGAAUGGCUUAGAAGGGAACUUGCAGGGGGUGGUUUUCCCAACUAUCUGCUGCCCAUGUCCUUCUAGAUGGUAGUGAUUGUGGGUUUGGAAGGUGCUGCUGGAGGAGCCUUGGUGAAUUUCUGCAAUAUAGGUUGUAGAUAGUACAGACUGCUGCUGUAUUGCUUAUUGUUUGAGGAGUUUAAACAUUCCAGGGUAAUGCACUUUUGGGAUCACUGGUUUCUCGUGGAAAUACUCAGCAUAGCCAUGAAUGUCUGUGACGAAUGAAAAUGUUAUGUUUCAGAACGUGAACCUUUAUCAGAACCAGGUUGCUGGGUCAGGUUUCUAGUUCUAAGGAAAUAUGCCAGUCUCCACUGGGCUUCCACAAACAAUGGACACCACCAGACUGCCUUGUGGAUCUCAAUAAUAACACGCUGCAUUAAUCUGGAAAAUGUAUUCAGUUCUUGGGGUGCAACUUCAUGUUUGUUUUGACACCAUACUUGGAUAAUCCCGUGUUGGUGGUGACCAACAGUUGCUGCAAUCAUUUUAUUUCAGUCAUCCAGCUGGCAGCUCAGAGUACCACCCUCGGCGAGAACAGAAUUAAAGACCAGCAUUUUUCAGCUCCUUUCAGUUGUGAAGAAAAGUCAUGUCAGACUAGAAACGUUAACUCUGUUUCUCUCUCUCUCUCUCUGGAGAUGCUGCCAGACCUGCUGAGUUCCUCCAGCACUUUCUGCUUGUGUUUUUCCUUCACAGCAUUACCCUCGGUGGUCCAUCAGAAUAAAACAUCCAGUUCAGGGAGGUUUAUUUCUCAAAGGAUUAAGCUGUGGUCAUGGCAGCACAUCUGUUCACCUGUGAUCCUGAAACUUUCUCUCUCCCUGAUGUUACCAGACCUGCUGACUGUUCCCAAAAUGAUCUGUUCCUAUUUUAGGUUUCCAACAUCCAUAAUAUUUCGAUGUAGUAUUAAGCCCCGGAUUUGUUGUGCACUCUGUACCUGCAGUUUUCUGGUUUUAUAAAGGCCCAGCUGCUGGUUGAUGCUGAUGUUUGAAUGGUCAACGGUACAUUCUCUCAGCUUUCUGUGCUAAUUUGGUGUUGGCUAAACUCCUGCACUCUCCAGCCCCGCGCAAAAACAACCCCGGCUGGAGAAAAGGGAGUUUAAGGAGCCGUUCCCGGACGCGGCGGAAUUCCAGGCCAAGGCGGCGAGGAGCCAACUGGGCCGCGUUGCCAUGGUGAAGGAGCUUCCGGUUCAGGGAGAACAUCCGGGUCGAAGGUCAGAGAGAGGCGAGAUGUUGCUGCAGAGACUGAAGGUGUUGGUGCGGCAUUCUGGGCAGCUGGUGACAGAAUGCAGGAAGGUUCAUCAGACAUCACGCUGUCGCCAGCCAUUAAUACCCAUAGUCAUCGAGCAGACAGGUCGUGGAGAGAGAGCUUACGAUAUCUAUUCAAGACUCUUAAGGGAAAGAAUUAUUUGUGUCAUGGGACCUAUAGAUGACAAUGUCGCCAGCCUAGUGAUUGCUCAGCUCUUGUUCCUUCAAUCAGAGAGUAACAAGAAGCCGAUCCACAUGUACAUCAACAGUCCAGGUGGCGUGGUGACUGCUGGCCUGGCUAUUUACGACACCAUGCAGUACAUCCUGAACCCCAUCUCCACCUGGUGCGUAGGCCAGGCGGCCAGCAUGGGUUCCUUGCUUCUAGCUGCAGGCUGCCCAGGCAUGAGGCACUCCCUGCCUAAUGCACGUGUCAUGAUUCACCAACCCUCGGGAGGGGCGUCUGGUCAGGCAACUGACAUUGCUAUACAGGCAGAGGAGAUUCUCAAAAUCAAAAGACAGAUCAAUCAUAUUUAUGCCAAACACACUAAGCAGGGGUUGUCAGUCAUUGCUCAACGACUCAAAAUCCUGUCUUUCUGACUCCAUUGGGGUCACGACCGAGAGUUUAGGAAGGCUUGCUGAAGAGGACUCUGGGUGAAACUCGGCAGUAUCUGUGGAGAGAGAAGCAGACUGAAUGUUUCGGGUCCCAUGACUCUUCUUCAGAGCUGCAGGACUCUGGGUGUAUGUGUUGGUGCGGCUUGCUGUGGGAGCUGGGGUGAUUCUCAUAUCAAUAACAGCCAUUUGAGCUGUUUUCCCAUCCACAAGAGGCUCAUGAAGAUUUGGAGUUUCUAGGCCCAAAACGUCAGCCUUCCUGCUCCUAUGAUGCUGCUUGGCCUGCUGUGUUCAUCCAACUCUACACCUUGUUAUCUCUUAAUUAGUCUCCCGUUGGGUUUAAUAUGAGACUAGGAUCAAGUUGAAUAAGCAUUGACAUGCCUGAAAUCCUCGUCACUGUUAAAACAGUUUGGAUGGUAUCUUUGUAAUUGCUGCCUUGCUGAUGGUAAACAGGAAGCAUGGUUUGUCUGGGUGAGGGUGGGGUGGCAGGUUUGUGGACAGUGAGGGUGGAAUGUGAACUGGGUGCUGGACGUGUUGGAGGUCGCCCAACUGCUGGUCGAGUCCGUGGUGAUUGUGGUGUUUUGCAGAAGCAGCCAUGGAGCGGGACCGGUACAUGAGCCCAGUGGAAGCUCAGGAGUUCGGGAUUAUUGACAAGGUCCUGGUUCACCCUCCGCAGGAUGGGGAAGAUGAGCCACAACUUGUGCAUAAGGACAACACGAGGGCGUCAUCAGGCUCUCCCGAGCCCUGAACUGUAUGGCCCACCAGCUCGAUCAUUAAUCCGAUCUGUCUGCACCACUGGACUGCUGUGUCAACCUCAUCCAUUCACUCAGUCAAAUAUUUGUAUUAAAGAUUUGUAGCUAAACUUGUCGAACCUUGUGCUGCUUUCCUUUGACUGAGGCCCCAUCAGGCCCGUGUGAUAGCCACGGAAAAUGCUGCAGUCACUGUCUGCUAUCCUGGCCCCCAGACAACUUCGCUAACACAGUAAUGUGAUUAUGAUCUGUCUGUGGGAGCUUGCUGUGUGAAAAUUGGCUGCUGCAUUAGCUACAUGUUCAAAGUGCAAUUACUGUUGUAAAAUACUUCAUUUGCUGUAUUGUGCUAUAAUGAAGCAGACUGUACAAAUGUGAGACUUUAUUUGGUUAGAUUUUAUAUCCUGUAAGAGAUCCUAUCUCAAUGCCUCCUGCACAGUAGGGUUACACUGAUCUUUUCAGGCCAGAUUGGAUUUCUACAGAAUACUGCCAUCACUGUCGGAAAACUAUAAUUGUACUUACUGCCCUUAAACACUGGAGGGUGGAAUAAACAUCAAUGUGUGUUUA